UCCACGCCAUAUUUGUUAGCCGGCGGAAAUCAAGAGGCGUCGGACCGCGGUUGUUGGCACAAUCCGAAAUCAUCGGCGUUUUCAUGUAGAUUAUCGACGCCUCAUCCACGUUCUUUAGUGUGUUUAAACGUUUAUUAUUUCCUAGCGGAUGUUUUGCGUGAAAGGUCGACGCAGGAUUUGAAUAAAACGAAGCGAUCGAGUCGCGUUCCCUAGAGAUCGGAGCAGGACUGUCGCUAGCAGGAGCUCGAGCUGUGUGUGGGGUUUUUUUCGCGGAUUGCUCACUUUAACUUUCGAGGCUUCCGAUAAAAUGGCAUGCGGAGCCACUCUGAAACGGACUCUGGAUUUUGAUCCUCUUAUGAACCCGGCGUCUCCGAAGAGGAGGAGAUGUGCGCCCAUGUCCCCGUCCACCUCCAGCGGAUCUCCGCAGAAAUACCUGCGCAUGGAGCCGUCGCCCUUCGGCGCAGUGUCUUCAGUCCUGACCACAGAGCAAAUCCUGAGUAACAUAAAGCAGGAGUACAAGCGCAUGCAGAAGAGAAGACAUCUGGAGAGCAGUUUCCAGCAGACAGACACCUGCUGCCCCAUCGAUUCCCAGCCACAAACCUCCAUCAGCAACACAAUACCAGGUUCUUCUGGAUCGGCGUCUCCCUCCAGACGGGAGCAGCCGUUAUUCACGCUGAAGCAGGUGGGAAUGAUCUGCGAGCGUCUGCUGAAGGAGCGUGAAGAGAAGGUCCGGGAGGAGUACGACGAGAUCUUGACCACCAAACUUGCAGAACAAUAUGAUGCAUUUGUGAAGUUCACCCAUGACCAGUUGAUGAGGAGAUUCGGGGAGCAGCCCGCAAGCUAUGUGUCCUGAAUUUGCUGUAACAUCAGACGUUUUCCUCUUCUGUGGAUCUGUGACUGGGAGCACGUGACGGGUCAGAUCAGGUCCAGCUGGGUCUCCAGCGCCGGGCACAGAGUGUGUGUGAUAAACUCUCUCUCUCUCUCUCUCUCUCUCUCUCUCUCA